ACUUCACCUGCGGCCGCCCCGAUCUCACCGCAUUGUCAUCUGAAGAAAAGAAGAGAAAGAAAUACUUCAUAGCAGCAAAGAGAUCGACUUCACGUCCCAGCACGUGUUCCGCUCGCUCAAACGAUUAAUCUGCCAUUUGGCGAUACAAGGUUUCUUCACAGCCACUAAUGGCGCUGGAAUGCCUGGUCCGGCUAAUUGCUCUUUUGAUGCAACGGGCCGUUUCCUAGGAAGAGAGAGGUCGGGGCAGAGGGGGAGGGUCCUGCGGUAGGAGGAGGAGGAGGAGGGUCUUUGGGUGACCAGACGAGCCAGGAGCGCAGAGUCCCUCCCUGGGACGUCCCAGCAGGGCAGCAGAUGAGUGGGAGAGAGGUCCAGUGCAGACAGAGAGAGAGAGACGCACGCUCUGGAGCAAGUAGAGUCCCUGGUUCGUCCCGCUGGGUCGCCCCAAACUCAGCUAUGAACGGGGGUCCGAGAGAUGAGGAGGAGAAGAGGGAGGAAAAGGGUAGAAAGACCUACAUCUCCACGUUCCGGCUAAACAUCCAGCCCAGUGCGGGGCCGCGGGGCAAGGACGUGUGUGAGGUGGAGGAGAUGGAGAAGGUUGAGGAGGUGGAGGAGGUGGUGGAAGAGGGGCGGCAGAAGGGGGAUUGCAGAGAGUCCCCUGCCCUUCAGCAUGGACCAACAGAGGAGUCGCCCUCAGCAGGAAGACGAAAGAGUUCCACUGUACCAUGGAAACCCAGGGCGACACUCAAGGAGGUGGGGCGCCGAGACACCUGGAGCUCUGACACUAAACCCACAAGCCCUUCUCCGGCAAAGGUUGAUAAGAAAGGAGUGGUGGUGGAGUUUGGGGCCUGUGAGGAGCAGCUGGAGGUCCAGCGUGGAGCUCAGACCAGGCUCCACUGUUCCUUCAGCAGCAGCUCUCUGCCUGUGGCCUGCUGCUGGAUCCACAACAGAGAGAAGGAAGUUGUCGACGGACCUCAGACCCGUGUCAGCAGCAGCCAAUCAGAAAGCACGCUGCUAAUCAGGCACACAAUGCCCCGCCACAGGGGAACGUACACGCUGGUUGUACGACACCGCCACGGCCUUCAGCACCAAAGCAUCUACCUCAGUGUCAUUGAGGCUCCCGAAGCGCCUGGCUCCCCCCCCGUGGUGUCCCAGCUGUCCACCCGCUCCCUGGUGCUGUCCUGGGGCGGCCCCAACUACGACGGGGGCUCCGCCAUCCUGGGCUACGUGGUGGAGAAGAGGGCGGUGGGCCCGGGCCAAGCAGGGGACUGGAGUGUGGUGGCCAACCGAUGCAUGAGCACCUCCCUGCGGGUACGAUCGGGACUGGAGCCCCAGGUUCCCUACCGGUUCCGCGUCAGGGCCUACAACUUUUCGGGUGCCAGUGAACCGAGUGAGGAGUCGGAGCUGGUCAAACUGGAGACAGCGGGGGGAAAGGAGGAGGAGCCGACGUACGUCACGGUGACCGUAGACACCAAGAAUACAGUCAGCGACCACUAUACCGUGGGCAAGAAACUGGGCGUGGGGCGGUUCGGCCAGGUGCUCCUGCUCCACCACAAGCAGUCCGGAGAGGUCUACGCCGGCAAGUUCUACCGCGGCCAUACGGCCAAGGAGCGGGCGGCGGCGCGCAGGGAGAUGGACAUCAUGAACCUGCUGCACCACCCCAAGCUGGUCCAGUACCUCGCCGCGUACGACACCGCCUCGGAGGUCGUCAUGGUGAUGGAGUACAUCACAGGCGGUGAGCUGUUUGAGCGCAUCGUGCACGAGAGCUUCGAGCACACCGAGCCCACCAGCGUGCGCUACGUGAAGCAGAUCCUGGAGGGCAUGCAGUACGUGCACAAGCAGAACAUCGUGCACCUGGACCUCAAGCCCGAGAACAUCGUGUGCGUCGACUCCACCGACAUCCAGGUCAAGAUCAUCGACUUCGGCCUGGCCAGCAAGCUGGAGCCCGAUAAAGUGCUGAAGGUGAUGCACGGCACCCCAGAGUUCAUGGCCCCCGAGGUGGUCAACUACGAGCCGGUGGGCCUUGAGACUGACAUGUGGAGCAUCGGAGUCAUCUGUUACAUCCUGCUGAGCGGGGAGAGCCCCUUCCAGGGAGACAACGUCACGGAGACCCAGGCUCUGGUGACGGCGGCCCGCUAUGAAUUCGACGAGGAGAGCUUCGAGGACAUCUCGGACGAGGCCAGGGGCUUCAUCAGCUCCCUGCUGCAAAAGGACCUGAGGAACAGGCUGUCAUGUGACCAGGCGUUGGCCCACCCCUGGAUGGCGUUCUACUCCCGCCCCCCCAACAGAAACCGGACUCUGAGCAAGAAGAAGAUGAAAACCUUCCUGGCGCGCCGCAAGUGGAAGAAAACAGCCUGGGCUGUAAAGGCCCUCAACCGGAUGGCGGCCCUGUCCUUCCGACCCGACUUCCCUGCAGAGCCCAGCGAGGAGCUGGCGUGGGGCGGCGAGGCGGAGCAGGCCAUCCAGAGGCUUGACGAGCAGCUCCAUAAGGAGCCCCGCUUCAAGCUGACCCUGAGGGACGCCGUGCCGGCGGAGGGGGGGACCGCCCGGCUCAGCUGCGUGGUCGACGGUUACCCUCAACCUGCCAUAGAGUGGCUCCUGAACAACGAGCGGUUGGUAGAAACAUCGAGGACGACUGCAGAGCAAAGCGAGGAAGGGAGCUGCUCGCUAGUCCUUACCGGUCUGCAACAGUCAGACUCUGGGAUUUACUCCUGCAGAGCCACCAACGACCUCGGGGAGGCGCUGUGCUCGGCAAAACUGAGAGUCGUUCUAGAAUAGUUCUAAUUUGACCAGAGCUGGACAUGGAUUUGUAUGAAACUCGUCUAGGACUUAAAAUUCAACACCACCAGCCACUUCAAGCAAACAAAUGGACAGUGUUUGGAAGGAAUGCAUUCACCAGGUCAAGAACAAUUUCAUUUUUAUCUUCUUUGUUGCCUUAAAAACUCCCUACAGGAAUUUACAAGUCUAACAUAUGAGCUAUAAUGUAUAGCUAUAACUACUUUUUUUUUUUUACAAAAUACAUAUUCCUUUAAAAAAAUAUAUUGUUUUUUUUUAUAAACUGCUGCCUGUUGGUAGACAUUGUGAAGUAAGUAAGUAGUAAGGUGAAGUAAAUGUUUUGGUUUCUGCUGUUGUUCCAAGCCAUGCUAAUAAACACGUUGGCCUCCGUA